CUCAAAUAAAUUCAAUGAUAUUCGAUCGAAAGCAUUCAUAACUGAAACAGAGAUACUAAUUAAUAUCAAGAGAUGACGCUGCUAUCCACUCUAUUUCAGGCAAAGGAGCUGCGCGCUGGCAAUACGGAAGCGUGGCCCAACAUGAUUAAACUGCGACCAUAUGUGCCCUCCAAGCGCAUCGCCAUACGGGACUCCUCGAUUGAUGAAGACAUCAGCGACGACGUGGACGAUGAGGUGUUCAUCAAGGACGCCAGAUCCGCCAAGCGCAGUGAAGAGCAGGGACUGAAGCGUCCGUUGAUGGCGCCGCGUCGCAAGCACAGCUCCGGCUCGAUCAACAGCUCGACGCCCAUUAUGAAGCAGCACAAGAGGCGGCGCUGCUGCCGCUGCUGUGAGCCCUUCUGCUACGCCUUGGCCGCGCUGACCGUGCUCUGCGCGCUGCUCAGCCUGGGGGCGCUGAUGCUGACGCUGUUCCCGCAGCCGAUGCAGCGCAUCCAUCACUGGUGGCGCGAGGAUGCCCAGCUGGCAAUGUUGUCCAUCAAUGGUGACGGCAGCGGCGGCAGGAUCAGCUAUGGCAACCGCCUGGGCACAGAAUUCGUGCCCUGCACUCAGAUCAGCGUGCAGCGCUUGUGGACGCGCAGCUUGGCCCGGAUGAACAGCGAGAGUCCGUUGCGGGCGGCCGAUCUGAAUGGCGACGGCAUCAAGGACGUCAUCUUUGGCUACGGCGUGGAUGACAAUAUACAUUACGAGGGCAUUCCGCUGCCACGCUGCAAGUCCGCCCAGCAGGGCGACGACGUGCCCUGCGAGGGCGGAGUCGUGGCGCUCAACGGGCGCGACGGCUCCACGCUGUGGCAAACGUGGAGCGUGGCGAAUGUCUUCUCGCUGCACUGCAACGCGGACAUAGAUCGGGAUGGCGGCGUCGACUGCGUAGCGGCAGGCAGAUUGGGCAUGAUCUUUGCCAUCAAUGGACGCACCGGCCAGGUCAUCUGGAACUUCCACGAACUGGAGGUGGAGACCAACUCGCCCAUUGUAAUGGAUCUCUACACGAUCAACGUGCUGCGCGACCUGGACGGCGAUGAGGUGCCGGAGCUGAUAGCCGCGCAUCUCGAGGAGCGCGAGGAGUCCAAGGCGGGCCACAUCAAGCUCAUCUCGGGCAAGACGGGCAAGGUGCUGCGCAGCAUACCCACGCCGCACCGCGAGGAGAUGUUCGUGCCCAUCCAGCUGCUGACCCGCGCCGACGGCACCGAGCUGCUGCUCAUGCUGACCGGCGGCCAGAACACGGCUGGUGGCAUCUACAGUCUCCGGUUGCUCACGCUGAUGGCGCACACGAGCGAGAAGCACUUCACUCCACUGUAUCAGCAGUCCAGGUCUGGCUUGAUGGUGCCUGCCGUGCUGACCGAUCUCAAUGGCGAUGGCAUCACCGACGUGGUCGUCGCCGCCUUCAACAGCAGCGUCUUUGCCUUCGACGGCAAUAACUAUAGCCAACUCUGGAACUACACGUUCCCGGCCAGCGAGUGCGUCAGCGCCAUUGUGCCGGGCCACUUUGAUCGGGACAAUGUCACCGACUUCAUGGUCAAAUACAAUACUGGUCCGGGCUUCCCCGUCUACUACUACUCGCAGACCACAAUUCUGGACGGGCGCACCGGGCAGCCGCUGCUUGAUGCCAUGAUGACGGACGCGGGAGGCGCCAGUAGCCUGCUGGGCGGCGUGUCGAUUUCGCAGAGCUUUGGCGGGGACUUCUUCCUGCACUGGCAGCUGCAGUGCCGCAACAGACCCAAUGCCCGGGAUGCCUACGAGUUUGUGCCGGACAGCGACAUCAUCUUGCAGGCACGGGCGGACACCUGCAGGCUGCGCUACAACGAAUCGACGGUGCUCAAGCUCUAUGCGAUCGCACGGCACAUUGAGCCGCCGGGCGCGGUGCUGUUUAGCACAGAUGAUCUGGAGGUGCAGCUGAAUCGCACACAGAGGCCGUCGCCGACGGGCAAACAGUCGCCGUUAAAGCAUCCCAAGCUGCUCAAGAAGCUGCUGGCCAAUCGGGAACAGUUGCUCAGGCAGGCGGCCGCAGCUGAUGCAGCGGAGGAGCUGCAGUCGCAGGCACAGUCUGGUGCGGGUGCGGUCAAGUACACUAAGCACCGCAAGCAUCCGCUGCCGGAGCUUCUGCCGGACAACGAGCUGCCCGGCUUCGGCGGUGGCUACAUCAAGGAGCCCUACAAAGAAUUUAAGGACUACGAGCCAUUGCCGCUGCCUGCAGAGAAUCCCAAUGCCAUGCGCGUGCCGGAGGAGUACGAGCUAGUCUACAACGAUGAGGUGCCCCAGAUGCCAGAGCAAAACGAGCGACCCAUCCACUUGCGCAGCAAAUAUCCCAGUGGCAACAAUCGGGAUGUGCGCAGUGGCAAGCUGGAGGGGAUCAGCAGCACCAGCAGCCCCACCACCAGCACCUCUAGUCUGCCGCUGUCGGCGCAGUCGCCGCUUAGCUUGUGGGAUCUGGAGCUCGACAAUGAGGCCCAAGAGCAGGCAGCAGAUGCAGCAGCUGCAGCGGCAGCUGUAACCGCCUCCAGCACACAGUCGCAGUACCGCCGACGCAAGCGACAGCGACGCGAUGAUUCAGCUGCGGCCAGCAGCAGCAGCAGUGCUUCCUCUACAGCUGGCGAGGAUGGGGUAGCGACGACUGAGACUGCACAGACAGAGGACUGGUAUUUGGCAUCCAUCUCGUCAACGGGCAUGCUGCUCAAGGCGCUGUCCAAUGUGAGCUCCGCGCUCGACUUUGCCUUCGUGCUCAACAUACGGGAGUCGGAGGCGUAUCCACCGUUAUUCUCGCCGCAGGAUCUCAGCUGCGUCGAGGAGAAAAUAAGCGCCUAUAAAAGCUAUACCGCCGAUAACUUGCGCGUGCUGCGCAAGCAAUUCCUUAAACAGUGCCUGAGCGAGCGGCUCGUGGACACGGAGCCCGACUUGCCGAAGUACGAGGCACAGUUGAUAAUUACAAGAAUUGGCAUAACAUGCACCUGCCACACACUGCAGCCGGGUGAGGUGUGCUCCGAGCUGAAUCCAAUUGAUGCACAGCGCUGGACUGAGUUCAUGGGCAACGAUGGCAAUGGCUAUUAUGCCAACUAAAAAUCGAAGUCUAUCCUACUAAAAGCUCUUCGCUCUCUCUCUAUCUAUCUCUCUCUCUCUCUACUCUACAAUAAUUGUAAUUAAUCGAUUGUCAUUAGUGUCUGUGUGGCUGUUUCGUGUUAUUGUAACAGUAUUUAUGUGUGUCAUUGUGAAUAUUUUCGGAUUUUUUAAAAUACAAUUAAAUAUUUAAACUUA